AUAAAGUUUAGAUAAAAGUCAUUUUCCGUGAAGAAACCCACGUUGUUCACGUUCACUGCGCAAUUAUUACGCUUCGUUAAACGCAUUGAACUCUCCGCUCGGCCUUGAAGACGCUUGUGGGUCUCCAAAUUAUGAGCAAAUAACAAUAAGCUAAUAUAAAUAAAACAAUAAAAUAUGAGCACGUCAAGCUCCUUCAGUAAAGCUGAGCUCAUUACUGCAGUCUCUGUGUCAAUUGGAGCUGCUGCAGUGGGAAUUCUCAUCUACAAAACAUUUAGCAACAAAGACAAAUGUGUGAAGGCAAAGGUGAACCUUGAUCUGCAGAAAGACAACCCCAAAGUGGUGCAUGCAUUUGACAUGGAGGACCUGGGUGAUAAAGCUGUGUACUGUAGAUGCUGGAGAUCCAAAGAGUUCCCCUACUGUGAUGGCGCACAUGCAAAACACAAUCAGGAAACUGGAGACAACGUUGGUCCUCUGAUCAUAAAACGCAAGGAGGCCUAAGAAAUAUGCUGAGCAUUCCCACCGCUCACAACAAUCCACUCUGUGAUAGAGAUAAUUGUGUCUUUGCUUUAUAUUUGGUCAGGGUUGGUAAUAUUAAAUGUGUGAUUAUGUUAUCCUUCUGUGUGUGAGUGUGAUCAAAUACUAUAUCAUACGGUUGACUGGUUCAAGUGAUCUAUUCUCAAACCAGAAGCAUAACAGUAUGUUUUGGUACUUGGUAUACAUUUUGACCUUAGAAUUAAGGAUCUGGGGAUGAUUGAUAAGGUAUACAUAUAUUUUUCACUCCAUCUCCUUGGACUUCAUGGGGUGACUGAUGUGUACUGGUUUAUCCAUGAUGUGAUGUAUGUCUGCUUAAACACUGGUCAUAUGUCACUGUAGCAACAGUAUCAGAAAACGUGUACUCCUUGGAGGAAUGGAAACACAUAAGUGGAGGUUUGAACUGAGUUUCUUUGUUUUAAGAGAUACAUGUGAAAUCCAUAUGAAAACCAUGUGGCAACCUGUGCUCUUUGUGUGUAUUGCCUAUUAAAAUUCACAUGUGACCUUAUCUCUCUCAAUAAUUAUGUAUUUAAAGAUAAAUGUGGUGUUUUCUUCUAAUCUGUAUUUUGAACCAUAGUCACUGAAUAUUUAUUUUGUGAGAUGAGAUGUAUUUAUUCACACUAAUAUGAAAUAUAUUUGUUUCCCUCUGUCA